CCAGAGCUCAUCGGAAGAUGUAAGUUGCGAGGCAUCACGGGUCUGUGGGAACCUUCGCCCACUGUUUCCGCUACUCCAUCGUCAGCAAGUAUCCGACGCGUCUUGACCCCAGGCGGUGGGUCUACGUGAAUCACUACGGGGUCACCUAGGGGCACAUUAGCUCUCCAAACUCGUCUCGUCUUCCCUCCAUGUCUUCAUCAUCAGCUCGAGCUCGAAGUGGCUCGCAUGCAGUACGGCAUGUACAACGUCACCCUUCUAUAAAUGAAGAUGAUGAAGCGGGGGGGAGUGGAACUCAGCUUUUGUCUGGCACCAUUGACUUAGCGGAUGCCAUGGGGGAUGCGUACCCUCGUAAGCGCAUGGUUCCCCAAAUGCCAAUGCAUGCACUUUCCGUCGAGUCCACCCCAAAGACAGUGCCGUCCGCGACGAAUUCAGCGUCACUAGUCGCCCCACAAGUCGAGGCGCAUUCUUCGUCUAGCCUUUCAAUUUCUGACUCCGGUCAACAUCGGGUGGACGAUCAAAGCUCCCACAUUCUCAGCCGACCGCAAUCUUUCUCUGAAGCACGGCGAGCCAUGCAAUUAGCCCACCCGAUGCCGACUCCUUCGCGCAAAAACUCAUCAGGAUCCACCGCCCCCAAGCCUCAACCUCCAUUACCUCCACCUGCAUUUCUUCCUCCGCCUCCGCCACCUGAAGAACCGCCAAGCUCAACCGCUGGUAUAAUAUCACCGUCCGAACUGAAACCUACCAAAUCGUUCCCAAAAGACGCCGACUCAAGAUCUGGUGAUAGAACGCCCCAUUCCCGCGCGAUAUCUCGGCACACAAGCCGUAACCCUUUGGACGAAAAGACGGCCGAGCGACAUAUCAGAAUCCGAAAAACCCCACAUCUCCCUCACUUCCAUUCUGAUCCUAUAAGCUGCGCAACCAUGUAUUGGUCGAAAGCCCCCGUGCAUGGGCACAUGCCUACACGAGGAUUUCGCGCCAGUACGGUCACCGUGAUCGAUUCCAUAGCUUGGAUAUUCGGCGGGAUGGAUGAAUCGGGAGUGUGGAAUGACAUUUAUUCGUUUGACUUAGAGACGCUUGAGUGGUCACAUCCCGACACGCAAGGUGACAAACCACCACCAUGCAGAGCACACAGUGCUACCCCUGUCAACUCCUCCAUUCUCGUCUUUGGAGGAGGGGACGGAAAUGUGUAUUAUAAUCAUUUGUAUCAUCUCGACACCAUAACUCUUAACUGGACAAAGUUCACGUGUCAUGGCCUACUCCCACCGCCCCGACGAGCGCAUACCUGCAUACUCUUUAAUGGUUGGCUUUACGUCUUUGGCGGUGGAACAGGUACCCAGGCUCUCGGAGACCUCUGGGCUCUGGAUAUUACUCAGCCUGCGGAAGAGUGGUGCUGGGUUUGCCUUUAUAGCAACCCAUUGCCACUCAAAGGCUAUGGUGGCCCGAGCAGUGCCCUCAUUGCAAAGUAUAACUCGCAUCAGGGCCAUAUGGAUCAUGCCGAAGGGCCUAGACCCACUCCGAGAGGGUAUCAUACUGCGAACUUGGUCAACAACACGAUGGUCGUGAUUGGUGGGAGCGACGGUUCGAACUCUUACAAUGACGUUUGGUUGCUAGAUCUUCACGCCCUAAAAUGGAAACAUUUCCCCUAUGAGCCGGACGAGGUGGGGAAAAUUCUGGCCCAUUCUUCCACCCAAAUCGGAUCUUAUCUCUUCGUUGUCGGUGGGCACGUUGACGGCGUCAAGUACACCCACGAUGUCAGGCUCCUCAACCUCGUGACUCUCAAAUGGGAAGCCAAAGCUGUUGGGGGUCGUCCACCUUCCUCUCGGGGUUACCACCAAUGUGCGCUCUUCGACUCUCGCUUAUUCCUGUUUGGCGGAUUUGAAGGUGAAGCUGUUUUCGACGAUGUGUGGAUUCUGGACUUGGCGGCGUCUUCAUAUUUGUCCCAGGUAACUGUUUUCGAGAUCGAUGAGCAACCAGACGAAUAUGAUGAGGAAGAUGGAGAAUAUGAAGAAGAUGGGGAGGAGUAUGAGGAAUAAAUUAUCCUGUGGUAUAUAGUAUUUCAAAUGUGCUCGAC